UCAUGCGCAUACUUUGCAGCACGAGGACCGCAAGAACAUCAGAUAAGAGAAUGACAAUCUGGAAGUAUUUCUUGCUUUUAACAACGACUAGUUACACAGCGAUUUGCAAUCUUUGUAAAAACAUAGUUUUGAGAGGCGGGAAUACCGUUUUAUGGAAAAUCCCACUAAACAAAGCGCACGCAAUUGUGCGAGACAAUACGAGUAAUACGGAAAAAACAAUGGAUAUUUGGCAGUCGUUAGCUUGGGCUGUGAUACAGGGGUGACUGCUAUUGCAAUGCAGUGUCGCUGUUACCAGUGCGAGAAUCAUUGUGGGGCAUUUUCAGCAUUCGCUACUUGCAUAUCGAUCGAUCCUCGCUUGGAAGAUGUUGAAAUUGAACUGUAAAAUGUCCAAAAAACGCUUAAAACAAGAUGUACAAACACGGUGGAACAGUACUAAGCAUUAAGUUUUAUUUAAUUGACUGCCAUUUCAGUCUGCAGCCUACCAAACAGCCUUCAUCAAGGUGUGAAGGACAAAAAUGAGAUGCUGAUCAAGGAAAUUCUGCAGAAAAUGGUAAAACACAAGUAUUCUUGGUCUGAUUCUCAGGAAAGGAGGUUUCCAGGUUAACACUGUAAUUGCAGAUUGAGGAUUGCCUCCAAGUUUACAUUAUUGUACAGUGGCACCGGAAACCAGGUUUGAAGAGAUUCUUUGCGUUUAAUUUGAGAAAAACCCGCACACGCUUUGUCAAAGCAUAUUCCAAAACGGCUAAUUCCAGUAUAAAGAUUGACACUAUGGUUUAUUGAAGGGAAAACGAGAGGUAAGGUGAUCGUCUUUCAAAGUGAUGUGAACAUGGGAAGCUGAGAUGUAUCGGUGCAGUCUUGCUAUUUGCUGAGUGCCAUUAAACUGCAAGAAAAAACGAAACAGAAGAAAUACCGAAAAACUGGACAAGAAGCGACUUGUGAAGAAACAAAAUGAAUGUUACAAAUAUUCUAGCUGUUGAAUAUACUGAUAUCUUCAGUUGAAUAUAACUUUACUAAGAGUAGUGAUAAUAGAUAUAAGAUGUCAUUAUAAGAUACUGAUGAAUUUAUUUGUAUAUGAUACAUGUAUGUAUAUCCAGUCAUGUGAUUUUUUUUUAUAGAUUGACUGAAAGCUGUUUAUUCUACAGCUUCCUUUAUUUUGCAUGCAAUUGUAACUGGAAGUCAUAUUGGUUUGCUUGUUUUAAUGCUACUUACAGUGGGUUCAUAACAGUUCUGGAUAUGACUGGGCAGGUUUGCAUCUUCUUUGGAGUCCAAAUUACCUGCUUAUUACUGAGCAAGAACUUGUUCAUCUCCCGAGGAAAUCAGUGCUGUAAUAGCAAUCUAAUUCUUGCCAGCACUUCACAGAGGAAAAAAAACUGUAAAAACAAAGAACUUCACAAGAUUAUCACAAAAAAAACAGAAAGUACUUAAACAAUAUUCUGGUAGUUAAAAUUACCUCGUAUGCAUUUGGUGUUUGUCCUUGAGACACUGCCUCAAAGCUUAUUUUCAGUUUUUUUUUUAAUCACUAUUCCUGGGAAUUUGCAAGGACUUGCCCCAGAAGAACAAGGCGCCAGAGACUAUGGAUACGAAUAUCCCUGCAGCCCUGUGAAUGGGGAGGAACAGUCCUUUUAAGGGUGUCGGGUGGGAAGAUAUCGAGGUCUUGGCUGGUUCAAAUUGCAGUUGACAAGCUACUCUUAUAGCCUUCAGAAAGUCUCAGAAACGCCGAGGCAGGGAUCCAAUGCAGACCCGUAACACACUGUAACGACACUCUCCAUCUCUCAAGUUUGUCCUCCUUAAAUGCCACUGCCUUGUUUCUAUGGACUCCCUCCCGCACCUUUGAAAUACCAUCAAUCAGGUAUUAAGAAAUACCUGGAUGACUGUUUCAUCAGGAUUUUUGUGAUGCUUGUAAAUUCUGAAGAUAUGACCUGAGGAGGCUGGUCAGUGACCUCCCACUAGGAAUGGGAUGCUAUUUGUCUUCUACUCGGAUGUACAUGUGGGGUCCCAGCAAUAUUGGGGUGGAGAGAAUGUUCUAGAAUAACGAAGAACAGAAGAACAGGGGCAGGCUGGUGCAUUUAUUUAUUUUUCUCAAAGACAUGCCUUUCCCGUUCAAGAUCCGAGGGAGGACCAAGCGUUACUGUGUCCUCAGUAAGAACUGCUUCUUGACCCGUAUUCAGCUGCUGGACAGUGGCAUCAUGGAGUACACGCGGCCCGUGGACAGCACAGGGCAGGACUGCCUGGAUCAGGUGGCACAGAAGCUUCAGCUCAGAGAGACACAGUAUUUUGGCCUGUGGUUCCUGAAUAAAUCUCACCUCCGGCGAUGGGUGGAGCUGGACAAGGCCCUGAAGAAGCAGCUUGAUAAAUUUGCCAGCGAGCCGUUGCUUCACUUCGGUGUGAUGUUCUACGUGCCGAACAUCUCCCACUUUGAACACGAGGUCACCAGAUAUCAGUACUACCUUCAAGUGAAGAGCGACGUCCUCGACGGGAGGCUGAGGUGCUGUUUCGAGCAAACUGUCAGGCUAGCAGGCCUAGUGCUGCAAGCUGAUUUUGGAGACUAUGACCAGUUCCCGUCUCAGGAUUACCUUCGGGAUUAUACAUUAUUUCCAGUGAAUUGGACUGUUGUCCGGGAUGUGUUGGAGGAGUGGACCCAGAAAGUAAGUGAGGAGCACCAGCAGAACUGUGGAUUGACCCCUACUGAAGCAGCAUUUCUGUAUGUUAAGGAAGUGGAAAAACUUGACGGCUUUGGGCAGGAAAGGUUUGCUGUCAAGGACAGCUACACCAAUUUCAUUUACCUAUGUGUCUCCUUCAUUGGUGUGUUUGUUAAGAGCAAAGAUGGAAGAUCGUUGAUGCUACACAGAUGGAAUGACAUCAAGUCCAUCUCACGCAACAGGUCCACGGUCACCAUGGAGAUAAGCAAAAAUGUUACCAUUACGUUCCACACGGAUGAUAUGGAAAACUCCAAAUACAUUGCAAGACUGUUCACCGCCAAGCAUAAAUUCUAUGAGCAGAACAAAAUAAGUUUAAACUUAUCACGCUCACCGCUGCAGAUCCGGAAACGUACCAUAUGCGAUUGGUCCACUAUGGCAAGACCUCCAUCCUACAUGGUCCAGCCUCGGCAUUCUCAGUGCGGGGGAUUUUACCAAGACCCUCCGAGUUCUCAGGACAGUACUGAUGGUCCCUAUUAUGAAUCCGAGUCCAACUUUCUGAAUGGCAUGACUCAUGAUGGCAGCUUGUACAGCGCGCCCAGUACGACCUCCCUCAGCCGCUCGCAGACCAUCAUCCAAACCUCCCCGGUAUCCUCCACCCUCAGCGUCCAGAGCAUCGACAUCUCACCUCCUGAAUACUCCCUUAGCCGCCGCCACCCAGGCACCGCACCUUCUUACCGCCACACCCCCGACUACGAGAGCGUCAUGCAGCAGAAGCUGAUUGUGGCGGCCAAGGCUCGCCAUGGCCAGUCCCUGUACGGCCAGCCAGAGAUGAGGGAACGGGUCGCCCCAUACCCCAGUUCUCAUAACCCUCAGGUUAGAUACAGCAUGCCUGUGACUACGGCUACCCAUGAGAACCUUGGGCGUAGUUACACAACUAAUCCAGCUGAGGGCAGCACCAUCGUGCAGACAGUGAGCACCCCAGAACUGGCCCACGUAAGACCACAGAGUACACAGUGCAAUAGCACCACCCACGUGCCAAGAGGCCCCCUGUCUGGCCCGCUGCCCUCUUACCCCUGCUUCCGCCCUGCCGCAAGCUCCCCCGACUUGAUGAGUCCCCAUCUCAGGCGUACGGGAGGCAGCAGCCCAGAGCUGGUCUCGAGAAAGGUGCAGCCGUCUGUAAAGAACUUCCACCCAGACAGAUCUACCAUAGUCCACCACCCUCCCAAGGAAAGCUUGAGAGCUACACAGCACCAGGUGGCCUUCAAGCACUGCCAAAGCCUGGAAGUCAUGAGCAGCAUGGUGCAGGGGAUGGAGGCCAUGACGCUUAAGGUACUCAAUGCCCCACUGCUGCAGAGGAGCACUCUUAGAGAUCAACUGGCUUCCCUUACCUCUGAGAUGCCUGUCCAGAAACCCACAGAGAACGUUUUCUCCUACCAGCAUGUGAGGAACCCGUCUAACGCCACCGUACUCAUCCACAGUAGCGGGAGUGAAGAGGAGGAGAUACUUGACCCUGGUCUUCAGGCUCUGAGAUUCAGGCAGCGAUCCAUCAGUCCACAGCUGAGGGCAGCUCUUGCCAGAAUCCCAAACAAGCCCCCACCUGAGUAUCCAGGGCUUGGGAGGGUCACCAGUAACGAGGCUGUGGUACAUAAGAGUGAAGGCCAGAACCGAGUCGGUGAUCUGAUGCGCUCAGAAACCCAGCUCAUAGGAUCCACGCUUGGGCCGUCCGUCUCGGAGCCGAACCUGGCGAGCUUAAAGGAGAGGGUCAAGAAGAAGGUGGGCAAAGAGAGGCCUGUCUCAGAGAUGUUCUCCAUUCAGGACAGCAUUGUGGAGCGGGAGAUUAUGCAAAGGACGCGGGAAAAGCAAAAAAUGGAGAUGGACUCUCUGAACAGGCCUUUGAGGAUGGCAUCCCAGAAUUGCUUCUAUGCAGCCGGCUUGCCAGGCUCUGAGAACCAGCAUGCUGACCCUGUUCCUGUGUCAUUCAUAGACGAGCCGGGUCACAGGGGGGCCUGGAGCCAAUCCCAGGCAGCACAGGGCACAAGGCUGGGGUACAGUCUGGAUGGAAUGCCAGUCUAUCACAGGUGUCGGUUCAUGGAGAGGAGACUGGAGGAGGAGCUGGUCACCGCAGAAUCUCUUGAUCAGAUCCAGGAGAAGGCUGCCGACAGGGUGGCCAUCACGGCAUUGCUACCGGGCAAUGCUCAGCGGAGUCAGUUCCUGCGCAUAGUUCCAUAUGGGAACGACCACAUAGGGCUGCUUCGCAGCAGUGAUGAGAGGGGUGGCUACAUCAGUGCUUUGCACAUCAAAGUUUGACAGGAGCUUUUAGAACUCUGAUGUGUGUGUAGCUCUUCUUUGGUGUUGGCCCCUCCCCACCAGGCCUGCCUGAGUUCUAAAACGUAAAUGGACGUUAGGGUAAUAAUGAGUAGCACAGAGUUAGUACUACUUCAAUUAAACAACCAAUUUUAUUGACCCAAAAAAACAAUGAGCUCCCGGCAAGGCCAAAUUGCGCAGAAAGGUAUAAACAACUUAACUCAAAAGCGGCUGCAAUUCUAUUCACUGCAUCUUAAAUGAAAACAGAGGAAGAUACGUCUGCAGGGUCAGCUCACCAAAAAAAUCGGAAAAAAAUUUCGGCCAAAGGCCUAUUUACCGAUACCGGUGCAAGCACCUACAAUCGAGCAAUAUCAACCCGUGCUACGCAGUUAAAUACCCCUCCCAAGGUAUUAAUACCGCUCAAUAGUGUUGGCGCGCUUUACUUCACCCCUAAUGGGCAUCCAACAGUCUCGUACUCACAAAACCCCAGUGAAGCUUGGAAAGUCACACGUCCAGUGAAUCCGUACCGCAGCAAUCCAGCGUUGCCGGAGGAACUGCGGGCUCUUCCAGUAGCCAUGCAGUGCUAUUUGGUAAAAUGGCGUAUCGGUUGCUGCAGGCCUUCGGAGAAACACUUGCUAUCCCCACGUCAGUGACUCAUAUAGAUCUCAAACCCUCCCCCUUUAUGCCGGAGCUUUUGGAACACAAACCAUAAAUACUCCUAACUAUUACAGUUCCUCCAAACCAAAAAACAAAAUGGAAAAAGAAAACUGCGCAAUAACUAUUUAGCCGCGCUAUGCGCGCUAGCAUCAGUGUAACUUCAAUAACCUGGCGUCUCUUCUGGAGUCGCACUCGCCAAGCGCAUCGCCCCUCCUUUACCUAACGGCAGGAUAGACUCCUACUAACGCAGUCCCCAGUAACUACUGAAGAACAGCCAGGCAAGCUCAGCGUGGCUCCUUCCCUUCUCCACUCUCUGGCUGCUUAACCCUGUCUCUCCCUCAGGGAGCUGUUCGCCACCCACAGACCCACCCUCUCACCUACUGUGUGAGGGGGAACCCAACAGACUAGUAUCUCCUCCAGUCACAGAGCGACUUAGCAAUUCUAGCCCAGCUAUGCAGCACUGCACGUCCGCAUGGCCUGUAUGUCCCCUCACAGACUACGCUAUGGAGCACGCUCCUGUUAACUUAAAGGAACAGACCAUGGUUUGAAUAAGCUGGGCUAAACCCGGGUUACACGUGUUUACUACAGUGAAAAGGGAAAUGGUGCAUGUUUCACAAAUUUUACACCACACACAGGGGUGGGUUUGUUGUUUCGGGGGCCCCACUCAAGAAAGUCACUUCGGGGGCCCCACCAUGCCACCAUGUUUGUUGUACUUUCAAGUUUUUUUGGGAUCUUGCCACCAUGUUUGUUGUACUUUUAAGUGCAUUUUAUUGCUUGUGGUGAAGAAACUGGCGAGCAAAUCAAACUUCCUACCUUUGGCUUUAUUUUUUUGUUGCCACUGGGAUGUUAUCACUUUACAGUCAUGCAUCACAUUAACGUUAGUUAGCAAGUCAACACAAGUCAAAAGAUCGUAGCUAGCUUGCUGGUUAGCAAAAUGUUCUGUUUGAACAUCUCUUAAAUAAGGAACACGUUUAUUGAAUACUUUGUGCACUACUGUUUCUGGCCAACAGAAGGAUCCCAAACCUCGGGGACUUCACUCAAAUGCUGACCACACAGACAUGCUCUGCAUCACUAAUACAAGCCCAGCAGGUGUUUCAAAAUGAUUUCAGCCUCUAGUGAUUCAAAUAAUUUGACUGAAUGCAAGCAAACCUAACUGAAUCUCAAUGUUGAAAACAUACUUGAAAAAACAAACUAAUUAAGGAAAAUUUUGAUAAAUGUAACAGUAUACAGGUCUAAAGUCUUAGGUCUUUUUAAAUCAAGAAAUGUAAUUAUAAAUUUUUCUAAAACAUAAAUUUCCACAGAUGCAUAUUUCCUGAGGCUGCACCUGCAGCUUACCUCCUGAGACCUGAAGCUGCAGACCUUAAUACCGUAACUCAGUUUCUUAAUUAGUGCUUUCAUUCUGUCCAGUAUUAUUAAAAAAAAACACCUUAAUAACUUACCGUUAUCUAUAAUAAAUGGCACAUUUCCCUUGCAGUUUAUUGAUAGUGAUGUUACUUUCAAUGAAAUAGUCUUUCUAUGUUUCCAUGGUCACCAAAAUCAUUGGAGUUGCAUCAGAAUUUUUUAUUUUUUUUUGUCUCGAGCACAGUGCCAAAUAAUAUUAUUUUUGGAUUGUUUUUCAUUGUAGGAUAAGAACACACUCAUUAAAACUAAGAAACGAGAAGAAAAUGGAAGGAAUGAUAGAAUGGCAUCAACAUGCAAUGAAAAACCAUUUGAAGUCACAGCAGGGGGAAAUAGGUACAUUAGGAGCAAUGACGUAUUGAGCAAAGGUAUAAGCCUUCUUAAAUACACCAACCCACCCACAUCCUUGUCCUCCUUAGCUGAGGUAAUUAUUCUCCAUGGUAUGGUCUGACUCACAGAGGACAGAUUCUCCCUGUGCUUUGAAAUGUGAAACAGCUUCUAAACAUAUCCCUCCUUUUGUCCCACACUGUUAUAAAUACAUGCAAAAAAAUCAUAUCACAUAGAUUAAAAGAAGCAAUCAUGUAAUGAGAUGUACACAAAGGAAAGAGAAGCACAGAUUCUGAGCCGCGGGUCGCUAAAGAAGGCAUUGGGGCCGAGGCGCGGUGCCAGAGGAGCAGCCCGCCACGUGUACGGCGCUGUGCUUGUUCUCUGUGGACUCUGCCUAUAGCCCCAUGGUGCGUGACGCACAGGCGGAUGCCGCUGGGUCCCGGGGGGUCACCGUGACCCGGUGCACUUGGCGGAUGGGCUGAGGACAGUCUAGAGAAGAAGCUGAAACCUCUGCAGCAGAUGGCAUCUGCACAUGCUCGUUAACUACUAAGGAGGCACUGUUAUGAAACAGCUCUGCAGACCUUGAGUACACCUAACAUCUGUUAGUGAAAAAUAAAUUUAAAAAACCAAUGUAGCUUCAAUACUUGCGAUUUGACUGUGCAAAGGCAUUUCUGCUGAUAUUCUCUCUAUGUAUUCCUCGGCCUGUCUGUGCCCAGGUAAU